UGGAACCGCGCCAAAUUUACUAAUGAACGAAAACAAUACCCUCAAUCUAACCAAGGUCAAAGGUGAAGUGUUCCAAAAGCUUCACACCUGGGAUGUCGACUCGCAGGUUGAAGUUGAGCCAUCGUCUCGAGCCCAUGCUCAGCUGUUAGCAAGACAAGACUGCUCUGUCGUGGAGUUUGAGAUUCAAAUAACUUUGUCCAACCCUAAAGGUGUAGUCCCUGUUACCUUUCAACACAAGAAGGUAGACAUCUCAUUUGUGGUAUUCAUUGAAGACUUCCAAAAGGCGUUUCAGCUUGUGGAAGAGGGAGGGGUUCUCUUUCAAAAAGAUAAAAUGUGUGUGGAGUUGGUUGAGGAGAAGUGGCUGGACAAAGCUGGCGUGGAGCACUCGACCUCCCACCCCCAGAUCAUAACCCGGGGCACCUGUGUCUGUCUCAGCUGGACUGACCAGAAAGUGGACAUCAAGACCAGUCCAUUGUCAAUGGACGAGUCCACUUCUGAUGGGGACCACAACAUGAACAAGACGCCUGUCAACGACACCGAAGAAGACCCAAGCGUCGACUCAUUUGUUAUGGUUGAUUAG